CUGGAUCUGGACAUCGAUGUUUUUGUCUAACUUUAACUGCACAGCAGAGUCCAGGUUGUGCUGACCAGUCUGUGAGCUGCUGAUAUUAUGGACGAGGAGAGUGAAAGCGUUUAUUUGAACAGGUCCCUGGCGGAGAUGGACCGCUUCAGCAACCUGGAGGACAUCGACGUGUCCGCGGACGGGAGCCCGGCUCUGAGGUUCCUCAUCUGCCUCGUGUACUCGGUGGUCUGCGCCGCGGGUCUGGUGGGAAACCUGCUGGUCCUCUUCUUCAUCAGGGUGAAAAAAGAAAGGAAGAAGUCCACCAUCAACUUCUUCGUGCUCAACUUGGCAGUGACGGACCUGCAGUUCGUGCUCACCCUGCCCUUCUGGGCCGUGGACACCGCGCUGGACUUCAGCUGGCCGUUUGGAGACGCCAUGUGCAAAAUCCUCCUCUCCAUCACCGUAAUGAAUAUGUACGCCAGCGUGUUCUGUCUCACGGCCAUGAGUGUGACCCGCUACUGGUCCGUCGCCUCUGCUCUGAAGAACAGAACCGCGCAGAGGUCCUUUUCCGCCAAAUGGACCUGCGUAAUCAUUUGGACCCUGGCGACCCUGGCGACUGCGCCGACGUCGAUUUUCUCUACCGUCAGCAACGUGACUGGGGAGAAACUGUGUUUGCUGAGGUUCCCCGGUGGACAGUACUGGUUGGCGGUUUAUCACAUACAGAAAAUACUUGUGGGUUUUGUGUUGCCAAUGUCCAUCGUGUCCAUCAGCUACAUCAUGCUGCUGCGUUUCAUCCGCAAUCGCGGUAUGAAGUCAAGCAACCCCAAACGGAGAUCCCAGGUCACAAAGUCGAUCACCAUCGUCGUGUUGUCCUUCUUUCUGUGCUGGAUGCCGAACCAAGCCGUCACCCUGUGGAGUGUGCUGGUCAAGCUGAACGUUGCAAACUGGGACCGCGCGUACUACAUAGUCCACACGUACGUGUUCCCGCUGACCGUCUGUCUGGCGCACACCAACAGCUGCCUGAACCCGAUUAUUUACUGCCUCAUGAGGAAGGAGUUCAGGAAUAAACUGAGGGAUCUGCUACACAGAGGGUAGAGUUUGAACGAGAGCAAAAUGUGUUGACAAACUGCAGCCUUAACCACGAGGCAACAAGUGCGCAACGACAGUAAAAAAGAAAUGGCGUGAGAGAUGAGACAGGUCAAAAAGGUCAAACAGGACAAGCAGUGUCAUGUCUUAGACUAUUUGCUCGAUUCUGCUCAUGCAAAAUGUUAAUUUUAGUAGUUCUCGUCUUUUGCGUAAUGUCGCUGUUGGGAAACCACUGAAGCUGCUUUUAAGCAAGUUGCUGCUAAUUUUGUGUAAAAUAAAAACAACUAGCUAAUAAAUGAUAUCGUAUGCAUGAUCGCCGUGACGUCGCUUGUUGCAUAAAGCCACUAGCAGUGAAGGUAUAUCUCAUCCACGGUCCAGGAGACUGCGUGCGUAAUUACGCAUGACAAUUAACCUUCGCAGUAGUGUGCUCGUUCCACUCAUCCAGCUGGUGAAAAGUGGAAAGGUUAUAUUAAAAAAAAGAAGUGUAUGACAACUGUGUUUAUAGCACGAUCGUGGCUACAAACACAACCUCAUCACCUGCUGAGGGCAAAGGUUGGAAAAGACAGGAGGAAUGGUUAACAGCGUGUGCCAGAAUCAGUUGUAUAGAAAAUGUAUACCAGCUUAGUUUAAAUAUGUGUGACAGUGAAAAUGUAUUCAUGUUUUUUUCCACGUGUCAGAAUGGCUCAUAAAUAGAUGUGCGCCACUGUGACCUGCCUGCAGGUGAUGUGAUGUGAUGGGGUGGUAGGAACGGUGGAGUUGGCCUCCUGCAGGCUCCACUGUUCACACAGACGCAUGAACUGCUGAUUGAAGCUAAUAGGCUCAGCCAGAAACACAUUUUAUAAUGAAGUUUCAUUCUUAGCCUCCACCAUCACAUCCGCAAUAGCGCGAGCACUGCAUGAGCCACGCAAGGUCUGGCUGAGUGGCCAGGCCGCAGCACACAUGCACACACACACAGCUGGGUGCCGUCGUGCGCACAUUCAUAUUGUAUCAGAACCGUGGGCUCUAUUUGUGUCUGACAGGGCCGAGACCAGCUGCCGCGGUGGAAUGAAUAGUGUUGACCUGAAUGUAAAAUGUUGACAAUUUGUUUGAUUCUGUUUUAUUUACAGAAUCAUUUUAAAUAUAGGCAAACUGUUUUUAUAUUGUUUGGAUGUAUUGAGAUGAAUUUUAUUUUUUGAUGUGCUGUAUAUAUCAUUUCAAAUGAUUUUACUGUUGUGCUUGUUCAUUUGACAUAUUUCAUUUUAUCCCUGGUGGAAACAUUGACGCAAGUGCCAUUACUGAGCGAUAGGAUCAACAUGUUAUCUUGCUGUUUUGAUGUAUACAUAUAUAUAUUUCCCGCUGUAAUAUGUCAGUGCAGAUGUUUGUUCUGUUUUCGAUAAUGUAGGUAUGGAACAAGGGCAUUGUUCACACUGUGACACGUUGUACUGACAUUCGUGUGCUUUGUAUGGGGCCAUUACACACAUGAGCUGACAAGAGUGUGUCUGUUGUCUUUCUUACGAAUAUCCCCCUUUUCAGGGCUUUAUGCAAAAAAAAAUGUAACUCAACUAUAAAUAUUAAUGCAGAAAUGUUUCACCUGUAAUUUAGUAGCUAAUGAUGGUUUUGUUGUUGCUAACAGCAGAAUUGGACAAUGUGCAUUUGUGGUCAGAUUUAGCAUCUCUAGAUAAUAAAAGUGGGAUUAAAGGACA